GCAGAGGAGCCGCCUGGCUGCAGCAGAGGAGUUUGAGUAGUGAUAGAAGGUGUGUGCAACAGAGAAAGAGAUGGAAUGAAAAGAAGCCAAGAUCACUUAAAGCCAGCUAACUGAAAGCAGAGUCCCUGGAAGCUGAGCAUGACUAUAGUGUAACACAGGAUCUGACUUUCACAAUAUACUUUUAUUGAAGAAUCUAUUUUGGGGUUUCUCAUUCCAGACUUCCAUUGGUUUAACAAGAUUUACACCAGACAGUGAUCACCAAUGGCUGCUGGCCUGGAGAAAGCUUGUCACCGGUGCAUAUCUAAAAUUGCCAGCAAUGCAUGCUUUAUUUUUGGGCUUCUUGUUUUCCUUGCUUUACCACUGUCCAUGACUUUUACAGGAAUGAAGUUUUUGGAAGACUGCCCACUUCAACCACUAAUUCCCUUAUAUCUGUUGGUGGGUGGUGUUGUCGGCAGUUUAAAGGUGACCCUUCUGCUUUAUGACUCCACCAGGAUGCGGCAAUUGCUUUCCAAAUCUGUCGUGAUUGAUGAUGACGACGAUGAUGAAUAUCCAUGGCGGCAGAAUGCUCACAAAUACUACAUCCAUCUUACACUCAGCCUCUUCCUCUUUAUCUGGUUCAUACUUGGGAACUAUUGGGUGUUUUCUGUCUACCCGCCAAAUUUCAUUCCACCUUUCCACCAGCCCCAGGAUUAUUGUGAUAAAACCCUCUACAUUUUUGCUGUUGGAGUUCUUAUCAUUAGCCAUACUGUGCUGUUUUUGCUUAUCUUUUGUAGCUUCUGUAUAUAUUGUUUUUCUAGGCGAAGAUAUGCUGCAGAAGACGAUUAAAAGCCAUAGAAACUAAACCACAGCUGUUAGGUAAAGGGUGUCCAAUGAAAACCAAAAGGCAAUAAUUUACCAGUGUGUAUGUGUAUAAUAGCAGCCAACUAUACUGAGGAAAUUGUGCAAGCCAGUGCCAUCUGGCUCUCUUAAUAUAAUACAUCAUAGUAAUGUAAAAUUUCUGCUAUAGAUGGCAAGCUGCUCUCCCGCUAACUUUUACAUCCAUUUUUUUAGGGGUUUCAUUUGAAGUGUCGAAAUCAGCUGAGAACUGCAUACAGAAAACUCCUCUCAAACCUUAUUCUUAGACCCUUAGGGAUUCUGUUUUAGCAUAAAACAUUUUCCUCUCAGUUUGUAUAGGUAGCAUGUGGUCUACCGCCAUGGUAUCUGAGCACCUCAAUAUCUAUUAGCCUUUUGAGGAUGUAUCAUUGUCUCUAUUUUACAGAUGGGGAACUGAGGCACAGAGAGAUUCAGUGAUGUAGCCAAGGUCACACAGGAAGUCUGGUCACACAGGAAGCCAGGAACUGAACCCAGAUCUCUUGAUUAUCAGUCUAGUGCCUCAACCACAAGAUCAUCCUUCCCUUCUGGGGAAAAAAGGGAAAGCAAAGUCUAUGUGGGGCAACUUUACUUUCUCUGUUUGUACAAUAUAAUUUAACAGCACCAAGGUAGCACAAAGAGUGCUUUAGAGUCCCCCUGAUGAAGUGCAUAGGGAAACUGACUAUUUUAGUAUUUUUGGUGUGUGACAAUUUCAGAAUGACGUGGGGCAUGAUAUCAGUAUUACACAUGAACGUGUUUACUUUGGCAGUGGAUUGGUUGUGAUUUCAGGGGGUCCUUUUGAUUUGUUCCCCUUAAUGAUGUACAUGUGUAAAUCUAUACUUAGUGGAUGGAUGUGAUGACAGCAGAAGUAUCCACUUUAGAAGCACCAGCAUGCAUGGAGGCAAUUGUCCUGUGGGGUGUAAUAAAACUAACUUAUUAUUGGUCCUGGUAGAUGCUGUUUUUCUGUUGAUUAAUGCAUGUGAAGUGCUCGUUCUGCUUUUGCUCUUACACAGUUACCUGUUAGUCGCUAAGGUGCCACAAGGACUCCUCAUUGUUUUUGCUGAUGCAGACUAACAUGGCUACCACUCUGAAGCAGUUACCUUAGAUGAUCAAAGCAGAGUACUCCCUCUGCCUAGAUUUCACACCUGUGCUCAAACAUGUACAGGCAUUCAACAGCACCAAGAUAACAAAAUGUGGACAUGCAUUUUGGAUGUUCUUUUUAUUAAAUACCAUGCAACCAACAACCUCCCCUUGUACCACAUAGAAAUAAUGCAAAAUCAGGUGUUUGUAAAUGAACCUCUGUUUGCGGUUCAAACUUUGAAAUACCCCCUAGCUUAUUCUGAUCCGUUUAGCCAUUCAUUUGUGGGUCCAAGGCUGAAGUUUGCUUCAAGUUUUAGGCAAGAGUUCGGCCUUCAGCCAUGAACACACAACUCCUAAUAAAGUCAGUGGCAGUUGCAUAUGUGUCUUGGGGCACAACUGGGUCGUUAUUGAUUAUAACUCAAUCCAUGGCACAAAGAAGUGCAUGUUAGAAAAUGAUCACACGUCAUUCCACAGAGUUUGAUUUUAAAUAGGAAGUGGGACAAGCGGCGCAAUAGUCUACUAAGUGGCCGGGUAGUGAGUUGUUAUUGAGGCUGCUCUCGCCCGGCUGCUGUGAUUUAUUCCAUCAAGUCAGAGCUAAAGUUAGGAUCAAGUGUAAAAUUCUCCAGUCCAUUAUAGCCACUCGAAAGAAGCUCUAGUUUGACUGACUAUGCUCAGGAGUGCAUGGAAUAGGGACACGUAACACUGCUGGCAGCACUGGAAUCCCUUCCCCUGUUCCAUGCACUUAAGAGAGCACCAGCAGAGGAGCAUGAGCCACACUUUUCCAAAAGUGUAUCAAGACUUGCUUCUCACCACACUCUCCACAGUCUUUCUGGGGGCAUUUUACACUGCCCAGGCAUCAUUCUUGCCUCUGAUGGAGUACUAGAAUUGCCCCCACCCAGCCACCCAAGUGCUCCACUGACUCAUAGUUUUGGCCCUUGGAUUCCAGUGCAGACAGAUCUGUUCCAUAAAACUCAGUUCAUCCCAUCUGAAUAAUUUCCUCUUACAUGUAUAGCACUUUUCAUUCAUCAAGAUCCCAAAGUGCUUUACAAAUUUUACCGAAGCAGGAAUCCCUUCACCCACUACUGAAGUGCAAUCACCUCUGAGUCACACACAGCAGCUGUUUAACAGUGCACAACAACAUUACACAAAAUCUUAUGACACGAAGUGAAGAAAAAAAUCAUAUUCAAUUGUCACUGCAUUGGGAAUUUAAAAAGGCAGAAGAUAGUUACCCAAUCUACAUUCAUAAGACAGAAGACUCCAGCGCUAACAGUUCCCAGCCUUGCAAAGUUUCCUAGAAUCUUUAAUGGCCACAAGUUAUUAAGUCUCAUUCAAAAGACAGUAGGACUGGUUCUCAACUGUCUUUCACUUUGGGCCUGAUUCUUUAGCAGCUGGAACCUUUUGUGGUCAUUUUACACCUUUGCAGAGUGAAUGUAAAAUGCUCCAAAAUCAGACAGGUAGUGUUUUAUGCUCAGCACAGGUGUUGCAGAGCAAGUGUGAACACUAUCAUCAUUAUGAGAUGAGAAUUCUGAUUUGAUAGUGGUUUGCACAGUCUUAUCCAGAAAUAAAUGACUGCCGGCGGUGCAAGGUUUGCACAUGAAUGCCUCCAAAGCCGGGCUAGGGCACUGGUCCAGUACUGAGUCAGAUUUAAACAUGCACAAUCACCAACAGCCCUUCCUUCAGCAUGCUGGGUUGUCCCAAGUGGUCUCCCGACCAAGUAUUAGCAAGGCCUAACCCUGCUUAGUUUAUAACAGCUGUCUAGUUUGCAACCCAAGGCUGAAUCACUGAAGAUACAAAAUACACCUUUUGUUCACAUUUUGUGUAUUUUAUAAUUUAAGAGAUAAAAUUACAGUAGUUUGAAAAUCAGCCAUGUCCCUCUUUAUCUGUAAUUUCUUCUUGAAAUGAAACAAAAAACGAUUAGGCUAAUUCUUUGGAACCAGCCAGCAUUAUGAUUGCAGUAGAGGAAAUCAGUUGCAAUUGUGCUUCUUAAACCAUCUUCUCUUCUUGAGAAAUAAAUGUAGCUUUUAAAGGAAAAAUAUCCAUGAUUUCAAUGGGCUAGAGAUAUCCUGUACGAUAUUAGUAUUCAUAGUACUGUGUGUUAUGGAAAUACACACAAACACACACAUACACAUACACUGUGGUGAUAUCCAUGUGGUAAAUUACAUUUAUCAUAUACUUUUGAUCACCUCACCUUCACUCUGCCCACUAAUCCACCUUCAUUGGCAUUACGCCUAACGUUCCAGAGCCCUGUGCAGCAGCUCCCAACAGCAGUAUAACAAUCUGCCAGAUAAGUGUUUCCUUAUUUCCCUACAAAUGUGGAAUCCCAUCCUCCCUGCACCCCCACUGCCCCCAUGAAGAGAUGAACAGUGGACAUAAUUCAGUCCUGUAGCAGAUUUGAGGUCUGGCAUUACGUUACCCCUUCCAGGUUUGAAACAGGAACUUUAUACCAUGGAAAAGGGAUGAUAGUUGAUUUCCAGUGCAACACACAGCACUUGAUCCAAGCCUUAAAGGUCUUAAGACAUCAGACUUAAAAACCACAUUAUUAGUACGUUUAGAAAAACUAUUUUAGGUUAUUUCCAGAGCUGUCUAAAAUGUAUUAAUUACCAUUUUCCUCUCCCUCUGACGUGUGAACAGUUGGAUUCAUGUUCCAAAUACCUUGGCUUUACAGGCAAAGAGAUACAAAAUAGAACCAAUACAAUUUUCAAAAACAUUUCUAAAAUAGAUUUUCCAUAAAAUAUUUUUAGUCCUAUGAGUGCUGAUGCAACUACCCCAAGCAUGCUGAGGUAGCCCUUGUGCCACAACACACCAUCAUAUAGGCUCUGAAUAGCACAUCGUAACGGGGUGGGCUGCCCCUAUACUGCAUCUGAGAGCAAGCCUCCAAGUCCACAGACUCACACUAGCGCGGCUCGCACUAGCGUGCUAAAAAUGGCUGUGCAGACCUUGCUCAGGCUCCGGCGCUUGGGCUCUCGAGCCCACCCCCAGUCUUGAGCACCCGAGCUCUGUCAUAAGCCACAAUGUUUACACACUAUUUGAAGUGCGCAAGCAUCAAUCUGUGGACCAGGUCUGGGAGGCUUGCUUCCAGAUGCAGCGUAGACAUACUCUCGGGAUUAGGGGCCAGCAAGCAUUUUUCUGAGGCAGAGCCUGGUUAAGAACAGGUUGGAGUCUAGCAGAUUACAAGAGGUCAGGGGAUUGCCUGGUAAGCACUUGAUUCCUAUGUAGACUGAAGGAGCUAAGCUGGAGAGCUGAGCUGCAGCAAGAACCAGACGUUGGUGUCUGUGGCAGGUGGGCUCCCAGGCAGAUGGCCUGUGAGAGGACUAGGGAAGAGUUGCUAGGUGCAGUGAGACUCUCCCAAGGAAGCCCCGGGGUCAGGGGAAAAGACCUGGUUUAGCUGUUGCAUUUAUGCUGAACUGUUUAACUGGGGGUUUUGCUGAAGGUUGUUGGUGCCAUGAAUACAUGAAGCCCUGAGAAAAAGGGCCCGAAAGACUCUGGGGUGGCCCUGGUUCUUUCCUGGACUGGGGAGCCAGGCCAGCAGCCUACAAGCAUGGAUUAUGUCAAUAAUGUGCCAAUAUUAAUACAAAUUCUGUUCUCAUGGCUUAAGACUCGUAAUGGUCCUAUAAAGUGGCAGUUAGCCAUCUAUUUCCUUUUGUGGAGUUAGCCUCAGCCCCAUGCAAGACUGAGCCCUAAAUGAGUCCACAAGGUUCAAGACAGUAGAAAAUCAAGACCUCUGUUCUCCUUACUGAAGUAAUGGAAGCAAUGUACCGCGGACCCAAUCUUUUAUAUUAGUGCUGCCUGUUUUUGCAUACUGCAUUGAUACCUUAUGAUUUGCAUGGAUUUCAAAUUAAUAUUUGGUAAAUUGUAGUAAUUUCAGAAUUAUAACACACCACACAAAGAGCUGCUUUAUUUCUUGUCGGGGUUUUGUUUUUUCUCAAAUGUUGGUGAAAUAAAACUUUUUAUAAACGU